UCCUCGACCAUCCAUCACUGGCUCAAGAUGACGAGGCACGUGCUGACCCUCCUGCUGUGUCUCACUGGGGCAUGGGCGGACACGUGCGGUCCGUCAGGGCUGGUAUGCGGCCAAAUCUGCGAGUCGGCCGGAGCCAACAGCAGCUGCUCGUGCGUGCCCGGCUGGGCGCUCGCCGCCGACAAGCAGACGUGCGCAGUUUCUAAGAAGGCGCUUUGCUACAAAGUGGAAACGAAUUUCUUUGACGAACAUCCUGCCAAGGCAGACUUCAACGAGACGGUGCGGGGCUGCGAAAAGUCUUGCAAAGAGAAGAAGGCGCAUUAUAGCGCCCAGGGCCGGCUGGGCUGUCGCUGUCUGGACUUCUUCGAGGUGGUCGCUUCUCUGGACGUGCUUACCUUACAGCCGAAGAGAGCAUGCGACCGCCUGCGGGAAUCCAGCUGGCGCGUGCGCUUCUUGGCCGACCCGGCCGUGGCAGACCGCGUCCGUGGCGCCGCCCAGCGGCCGGCCGCCGCACCAGCCAGCCCGGCCGUACCGCAGCGACCGGGCGGCGUCCGUUCCAACACCUUCCGCUGGGGGGUGAGCCUGUCGCGCGACAUGGACAGGCUGCGUGGCGAUACCACCAUGGGCCGACGCAGGGAGAUGAGCCAGCACGGCCUAAGCCACCACAACCACCAGCAGCGCGGCGCGAUGACUCCUGGUGAAGACAGCGCCAAGAAGGACUGA